AUGUCUCUCCCCAGCACGCAAAAAGCCGCAGUAAAAGUGGGCACCGGCGACGCCUCGCGUACGGAGAUUAGAGAAUUGCCUGUUCCCGAGCCGUCGCCCGACCAGAUUCUCGUGAAGAUCAACUACAGCGGGCUCUGCGCCUCAGAUAAGUCGCUUCUGCUGGACGAAUGGGGAUCUACAGGCAUUCUGCAGCAGCCGUGUACGCAGGGUAUCGCGGGCCACGAGGGUGCGGGGACAGUCGUUAAGGUGGGAAGCAACGUUCAAGAUCUCUGGCAACCCGGCGACCGGGCGGGCAUUAAAUGGAUCGCGUCCAUCUGCCGCAAGUGCGAAUUUUGCACCAACGGCGUCGACGAAUGCCACUGUCCCAAGCAGCUCAACUCGGGCUUCAGCAUCGCGGGGACCUUCCAGGAGUACUGCAUUACCGACGCGCGGUACGCGACGAGGCUGCCGGAUGGCGUCAGCGAUGCGGAGGCGGGGCCGUUGCUGUGCGGGGGUGUAACCGCGUACACGGGCUGUAAGAGGAGUGGUGUGAGGCCGGGGCAGUGGAUUGUUAUACCAGGCGCGGGCGGUGGACUCGGCCACCUCGCAGUCCAAUACGCCAACGCAAUGGGCAUGCGCGUCAUCGCCAUCGACGGCGGCGACGCAAAGCGCGACCUCUGCCUCAGCCUUGGAGCGGAGAAAUUCAUCGACUUCACCACGUGCAAAGACAUUCCCGCCGAGGUCAUGUCCAUCACCAAGUACGGGGCCCACGGCGUGGUGGUCAUCUCGGCGACGCGCCAGGGGUAUGAGCAGGCGCCGCACAUGCUGCGGCCGCAGGGCACCAUGGUGUGCAUUGGGCUACCCAAGGACGGGACGGUCAUCGCGGGCGCGCCGCCGAUCCUGAUGGUGUUGAAGAAGCUGAAUAUUGUGGGAAGUGUGACGGGGACGUUGAAAGAUGUUGAGGAGUGUUUGGACUUUACUGCGCGCGGGCUGGUGCGGCCGAUCCUGACGCAUGGGGAUCUGGGCGAUAUCAAUCGCUUCCUGGAUGAUAUGGGGGCUGGGCGCUUGGCAGGCCGAGCGGUUAUUAAGGUUGCUGCGUAG